CCAGUGUAAACAGUUGAAGCGAACUUCAGCGCUCGUUGGAGGCUGCAGGGAUUAUUUAAAGGCUUCGAUGGAGGAAAUGAGACAAGGUGAGCAACAUGGAGGGGACAUUUUUGAGUCCUUGGAGGAGUUCCAGGUGGUGCUCGGUGAGCUGGUUGGGGACAAGAGCAUGGACAAGAUCCGUGUGGCGUAUGAGAAACUCAUCCAAGCACUGAAAAAGUCCCGUGAGAAUGAGAAGAGGCUGAUGUCCAAAUGCAGGGAGCUGAAUGCAGAGAUUGUGUCUGCCUCCACCAAAGUGGCAGCUGCCCUCAAGUUGUCCCAGGAAGAUGAGACAACAAUUAGUUCACUCAAGAGGGAGCUAGAAAAAGCUUGGAAUAUGGUAGAUGCUGCUCACGAUAAAGAGAAACGGGAUAAAGACGCAAUUAAGAACCUAAAGGAAGAAGUUUUUGACUUGACAGAACUGGUGGAGCAGCAGGCUGGUUUCUCCACGCAGCAGGAGCACAGUAAUCUACUAAAAAUGAAUGAGGAGGUGACCAAGGAAAGAGAUCAGCUGCAGGAAACAGUGGAGAGUCUGAGAGGGAAAUUAAAAAAGGCAGCAGAAACCCAGCAGGAAAUAGAGGCUCAAAGAGAAAAUUCCUUGGAGAAAAUUUCUCAGCUCCAGCAGGAACUCCAGGUCCAACAGAAUGAGAAUUCCCGGGAGAUGAGGCUAAAGGAGAAACUGGAAAAGGAGCUGAAACAGCUCCAGAUGAAUGCUGAGGCACAGACGGCAGAGCUGAAAAACCUGAUGGUGCAGAGCCAAUGGGCAAAAGACGAACAGCAGAGACUAGAGCAGCAACUCAGAGAGCUCAAGAUUAUGAAUGAACAGCACCUGAAGGAUGUGGAACAGAUGCAGGUGAAGAACACAAAGCUGCAGCAGGAGUGCGAGCAGCUCUCAUCAGUCAAAGAACAUCUGUCAUUGGAAAACCAGCAGACUGCAAAUACACUAAAGAUGAGAGAAGAGGAGGUGAGCCAGAUGCGACAGGAGAUCACAAAACAAACAAAGGCGAGAGAGGCCAUCCAGAAGAAGCUGCACCACAUAGAGGAACAGAAAGCCGACACGGAUGUGCAGAAAGAGACAAUGAAGGCUCAGAUCGCUGGUCUGGAGAAAGAUCUUGAAGCUUCACAAAAACAAGUUGAAGCUGACAAGAAAGCAUUAGAAGAGCUGUUCAGAGAAAGAGACAUCCUUAAUAAGAACAUCAUCAAAGUCACACAGUCGACAGAGAAACAGCAGAACCUCGUGAAGCUCCUUGAGCAGGACAAGAAGACUUUGGAACAGGAGAUCAGCGGCUACCGGCAGGAGUCCCAGAAGCAACGCAAAAUCAUCCAGCAGCUGGAAAAAGAGCGCGAUCGCUACAUCAAUGAAACCAAUACCCUCAUGCAGAAGGUGCAACAAAACAUGAGUGAUGUUGAAGUCAAAGAGAUGGAGAUAUUUGACUGCAGGAAGAAGGUCACUGAGGCUGAGUGCAAACUUAAACAGCAAGAGAACCUGCUGGAGUCUGUUGUGUCUGAAAGGAACCUCUACAGCAAAAACCUCAUUGAGACUCAGGAAGAGAUUGCAGAAAUGAAGAGAAAGAUAAAGACCUUGAACAAUACGGUCAACCGUCUGAGGGAUGAGAUCACAGGGAAGGAGCAGGCCAUUGCUAAGGAUCAUCAGGAACACAAGCGCUUGGAGAAAGAUAACGAGGCCCUCAAGGCUGAGUUGCAGUUGAUAAAGCAACAGGUGGAAGAAACAAAGCAGCGAGUUGACAAUCAGAAAGCAGAGCAGCAAAAGCUGCAGAAGGUUAUAGCUAAUGCUGAUGCUAAACAGAUCAGACAGAAGACACUACUGGAUCAGGUUAUCAGAGAGCGGGACAACCUCUGCAAACAGCUUCUGAGACGAAAUGAUGAACGAGCACUCCUUUAUGAGAAGAUUAGGAUCCAACAAUCUAUCCUCAGCAAAGGAUACUUCCACUACAAUCAGCGGAUGGAAGACAUCCACCUGCUCAAGCUGGAGAUCAGGAAGCUCCAAUGCAAGAAGAGUAUAAUGGACAAAAAUAUGACCAACACAGAGGAUCUGAAGCAAGAGCUGUUCCACCUGCAGAGAGAGCUCCUCAGAGAGAGGUCCAGGAACAGCAUGCUGGAGGAGCAGUUAAAGCCCAUAAAUAUUCACCGCUGGAGAAAGUUGGAGGCCACUGAUCCCGACAAAUAUGAACUCAUCCAGAAGAUUCACGCUUUACAGAAGCGACUUAUUGCCAAGACCGAAGAGCUUGAAGAAAAAGAACUCUUAGUACAGGAAAAAGAAAAGUUGUACGUGGAGCUGAAGCAAAUUGUGGCAAGACAACCUGGUCCAGAAGCAGUGGAGCAGCUCCAGUGGUGCCAGUGGACGAUCCGAGACAAGACCAAAAAACUCAAGGCAUUGACAGCACAGGUGAGAAUGCUCGACUCAAAGAUGAUUGACUACAAAAAUGAAAAUCAGAAGUUGUCCGACGAACUUGCAAACAUCAAGAAGAAAUACUUCAGUCAGAAAAAGCUUAAUAGUGAGCAGAAGACUAAAACCAGAGUGGAACAUGUGGAACUGCCACAGCUGUGCGCCAAACCACACUUCACUGGGGGAGGCUUCAGGAUGGACAAUCCUGGUAGAAAAUAAGGACCAUUUUAGGUUUAGUUUCAGCUUAUUUUCAGUUUUGUUAGUUAUGGCGACCAUCAUUUCUGAGCACUUGUCCACAA